UAGAGUUAUGCUCACUGCUGUCUCAUUUAAGUAGAGGGUGUGAACGUACCUUCAGAAAUUCAGAGUUUAUUUUUCUAUGACCUAACCUCAAAUUCUAAAUAUAUAUUGUUUGUUUAUUAUGAAUAUGAAGUCUUUGAUUCAUCAUUUUCUCAGUUAUUAAUGAUCAGAAACAUGAUACCCAAGAAUUAUGAGAUAUUACGAAAAAAAUUUCGUGGUUGUCUUUUGGGUUCGUUACUUGGAGAUUGCUUAGGAGCCCCAUUCGAAGGUGACUUCAUCACAUCAGGAGACAAAAUCGUCAUCAAAAAUUAUUUAGAUAAAUUGGAAGCUCCGGAUUUCAAAGGUCCUGUCAAACAAUACACCGACGACACAGCUAUGACACGAUGUAUUGCAAAGGCGCUGAUUGAUAAGCCAGAGCCGGAUUAUGUAUUGAUGGCUAAAUUAUUUGUAAAAGAAUAUUUCCUUGAACCAAAACGAGGAUAUGGUCAAAAUGUCAUUACAGUUUUCAAAAAACUAAAACAAAGUAGAUUUCAAGACGUUUUCAAGCCUGCGAGUGAACAGUUUGAUGGUUCUGGUUCCCUCGGAAAUGGAGGAGCUAUGAGAAUAGCUCCAUUAGCAUUAUAUUUUUUCAACAAUUAUGAUUUGAUGAUAGAUGCUGCUACAAAGGCUACAAAAUUGACUCAUACUAAUCCUCUGGGUAUAAAUGGGGCCCUUCUGCAAUGUAUGGCAAUACAACAAUGUUUUAUGGUGAAACAUGGUGAGAAGAUUGAUGUCCAUAGAUUUGUAGAUGAGCUCUUGCACAAAAUGAAACCAUUUGAAUAUGAAGAGGAUGAAGACUUGGAAGAGAUUCUUGAAAAACCAUAUAGAGAGAAGCUCUUGACAAUACAGAACCUACUUCAGAGAACAUAUGAUGAGGAUGAUGUACUCUAUGAUGAAAUUCUUGAAACGUUGGGAAAUUCAAUAUCAGCCCUAGAAUCUGUUCCUACAGCAAUUUACUGUUUUUUGAAAGCAUGUUCAGAAACCCCUGAAUUGAAGGAUAUAUUCAGAAAUGCAGUAGAAUAUGCCAUAUCUCUGGGAGGCGACACUGAUACUAUAGCUAGUAUGACAGGAGCUAUAGCUGGUGCAUAUGUUGGUGAAGAACAUUUAAACAAACACUUGAUAAAACACUGUGAGAAACAUGAAGAGACUAUUGAAAUGGCAGAUAAUCUAUUGGCUGCAAGACAUGAACAAACUUCAGAAAUGAAAAACUCAUAAAUAUGAAAUGAUUGAAAAUUUCAGCUGAUUAUAAUUUUAUGUAUUUUAUCAUACUUUUGUUUUAAAAUAUACUGUUAUUGUUGGAACUUUUCAUUUCAAAUAUAAAUAAAGUUAUAUCAAAAUUUC